UUACAAACAUUCGCCUAGCGUAUCCGUUGGAAAACAUACAUUUGACAAGAUAUAUCGACUCGUAAGCAAAAUGACUUCCAAUGGUGAUACGUUGAAACAACGGAGGACAACGACUGUGGAAGGCAAAGAGACGAAGCAGCUCAAUGGCUCCGAAUGUCAGCACGAGAUAGACGAUUUGAAAAAUAAACUGAAAAUAGAGCGAGAAGGUUUGGUGUUAUGGAGGCGACCUUUCAAAACGUUGAACUUUUUCGUCAAAGAGCUUACAUUGGUUACGUAUACUUUUUUAAACAGGUUGUUAGCUUACAAAAAAUUGGUAUUGUUAACUGUUCUAGUCAUAGUUUUCGUUCUAAUUUCUACAAAAAUUACUGGUCCUCAUCAAUUGCUUUUAAGGCAAUUAUACAAAGAUGGUAGAUGGUGUUUGUAUUGGUUAGGACUUGGUGUACUGUCAUCAGUAGGAUUAGGGACCGGAUUACAUACAUUCCUAUUAUAUUUAGGGCCGCAUAUAGCAUCGGUUACGAUAGCGGCGUACGAGUGCGGAUCGCUAAAUUUUCCUGAACCGCCGUAUCCAGAUCAAAUAAUUUGUCCGGAAGAAGGCACCACAAUAUGGGCAACGAGCUUAUGGACCAUAAUGCAAAAAGUAAAAAUCGAAUCUGUAAUGUGGGGUGCUGGUACAGCGUUGGGCGAACUACCUCCUUAUUUUAUGGCUCGCGCUGCUAGACUUUCUGGUCACGAUUUAGAUGACGAAGAAGAAUUAAAAGAGUUCGAAGAUUUACAAAAGAAAAGCGAACAGAAUCCCGAUUCGAUGACUUUCAUGGAAACGACAAAAGUACUUAUGGAGAAGAUUGUUAAACGUGUAGGAUUUUUAGGAAUUUUAGCUUGCGCUUCGAUUCCUAACCCGUUAUUCGAUUUAGCUGGUAUCACUUGCGGUCAUUUUUUAAUACCUUUUUGGACAUUUUUCGGAGCUACGUUAUUGGGAAAAGCUGUCAUAAAGAUGACAAUACAAGUUUUAUUCGUCAUUAUUGCUUUUAACGAAGUGCUAAUUGAUACAGUGUUGAAAUAUGUCGGUUAUGUGCCGGUAAUUGGAACAAAUCUACAACCACUGUUAUCCCAGUUCCUAAAAAAUCAAAAACAACGAUUACACGACAAAGGAGGAAAUGCUCCGGCGGCGCCGAAUAAAUUGUCGGUCAUUUUCGACAUGUUCGUAUUAACCAUGGUAGCGUAUUUUCUACUAUCGAUAGUUAAUUCAAUGGCUCAAAGUUAUCACAAAAGAAUAAACAAAGAACAACUUAAGGCGAAAACGAAACUCAGUUCGAGCAAGUGAUCGGCGUAAAUUUCAAUAAGUUUUCUUUACCAGAUUGUAAUCGUUUAUGUGUAUAAAUUUUUUCAAUUCACUGUGAUUACCAUUUUUGUUUUUGUUUCUUUAUUUUUCUUUUCUUUUUCCUUUUUUUCCUAAUGCUAGAUUGAGGUAGGUUUAUUUCAUUUAUUUUCUGUCCGUGUAUAAAUUUUCCGUGUGUAGAAUAUAAGAUGAUGCCAUUUGUAUAUUGUUUACGAAAUCGUGUUUUUAAAAUAAUUAAAAUUAUGUAUAGUAUACUGGUUGUCUCAUUACAGUAUACUUGCUAAUUCAAAUUUUUAAAUUUAUUCGCGCAAUCGUAUUUUUUUACGGACGAUAUGAUUUUAUAAAAAAACAUUUAGCUAAAUUUUUACUGCGGUAUUUUUUUUUGCGAUAUUGUUAAUCGAAGAAUAUUUACUAAAUUGCGAUUCACUUUGUAUUUCGAUUUUGCUAGUGUUCAUCGUCGUUGUUACAGAUCAUUCCUAUUAUAUUUUUAUGAUGUAGAAAUGCCAAGUAUUCAGGAGUACGUUGGUUACUGAAUAUGAUUUUUAAUUUUUGUAUGUACAUUAAAAUUAAGAAGUCUGUUAAACGUUUAAAUAUAAUUAUAAUGAAAUUU